AUGUUCGGCAUGGCGGCGCCCGCGGGCGCCCUGAGCGCGAUCAUGGCCGUGAAGGACCGCAUGGGCGUCGAGAGCCCCACGGACGACCCCCGCUCGUUGGCGCCCGAUGCCGCUGCGCCAAGCGACAGCGCGGCGCCGCUGCCGGACAUCUCCGGCUACCUCGCGGCCGUCGACGAGCGCGAGCUCUCGUACCUGCGCUUCAUGGGCGUCCUCUGCACGCUGCCCUACCGGAUGGACCGCCUCACGCCGGCCUACUUGCGGCGCCUGUACAACCUGGAGCUCAUCUCGUCCUCACGGGCGUGCUCGCUGCCGGGCGCCGAGACCAAGCCGCUGCGGAGGUCCCCUGCGCGGAGCCGCGCCGCGGAGCGCGGCGCCGUGGCGUUCGAGGCUGCGACGGCCGCGAUUUCGGCGAUUGCGGCACGCGACGCGGGCGGGAGGGGCGCGUCGCCGCCGCGGGUGCGGCGGGACGCGGCCGCGGCGCUCGCCGGCGCCGUCGCGGGCGUCGGGGAGAUGGUCCGGCGCGGAGUGAGCGCGGCGCCGACGUCGCGCGAGGCGUUCCUGGCGGCGGUGGGCGCCGCGGUGGACGGCGCGCUGCGGCGCGGGAUGGAGUCGCUGUCCGGCACGGCGACGUGGCUCGGCGGGCUGGACGUGCCGCCCGUGGUCGCGGCCGCGCUGCGGAUGCCCGGCGGCGACGGCGUGCUCGCGGGCGAGCUCGGCGACAGGCCGCCGCCGUCGGCGGUGGCCACCCCCCCCGCCGACGCCGGCGUGCCGCUCGCGCCGGCGCCGGAGGCCGUCGGCGCGGGCCACCUCGGCCUCAGCAGCUACCUCCCGUCCUCGGUCGCGCACGAGGCGUCCCACCGCGUCCCCGUGGAGUGGUUCCUGUGCGACGACAACGACCGCGGCAUCCGCUACGUGGUCAUCCAGGGCUCCGCGGGCGCCGACAGCUGGAUGACGAACCUCACGUUCCGGCCGGAGACCUUCGAGGACCCCGAGCUGGACGUGCGCGUGCACGACGGGGUGUACUCGGUCGCGCGCACGCUCUACGCGCGCGUGCUCCCGCUGAUCGAGGAGCACCUCAAGACCGGCGGCCCGCGCGCGACGGUGUGCUUCUGCGGGCACAGCCUCGGCGGCGCGGUGGCCACGGCGAUGAUGCUCAUGCUGGUGCACCGCCGCGCCGUGCCCGCCGAGGCGCUGCGGCCGGUCGUGACGUUCGGCGGCGCCGCGGCGUUCUGCGACAUGCUGCGGCCCGCGGACGGCGCCGCGAGCACGUGCGCGAUCCUGCAGCGGUUCGGGCUGCAGGAGGGAAUGGUGCGCAACGUCGUCAUGCACCGCGACAUCGUGCCGCGGGCGUUCGCGUGCAACUACCGCGUCGUGCAGCGCGUGAUCCACGCGUGGGGCGAGCGCUGGCGCUCGCACGCCUGCCUCGGCCGCCCCAGCAAACGGUCCGGGAAGGUGGUGCUCUACAACUUCCCUGGGCGCGUCCUGAUCCUGCAGCCGUGCCGCCGGCUCUCGUUCGUGAACGGCGACGGCUACCACGAGCUCCUCCCGCCCACGCCGGGCCUGUGGACGGUCCGCGAGGCCGCCAAGCGGGCCGUCAGCAAGGCGCGGGCCGCGGCGGCCGCGGCGCUCGCGCCGCCCGGGUUCUCGCCGCCGGGGCGCAUCGUGCUGACGUCGGCCGUGAUGUCCGAGGAGGACGCGACGGCUGCGGCGGAGGCGGAGGCGGAGGCGGAGGCGGAGGCGGAGGUCGAGGCCGACGCCACGGAGUACGCAGGGCUCGAGCGCGCUGUUGCCAACCGGUACGACCCCGGGAGCACGUGGGAGGCGAUCAUGUGCCUGAUGGACUUCCCGCACCCGCUGCGGAUCCUCGCGGGGCCGGCGUACGGCGGCGACGGGACCAUCAGCCGGUACCACGCGCCCGACAGCUACACGCGGGCGCUGCGCUCAGUGUUCUACCGCCGGCGGGGCGGGUCCAGCUGA